CUGUGCAAUAGGUUAACAAGUGAAAAUCAAUUCAAGAUAUACUUAAAGUUGCUUUGUAAGAUUUGGUGCAUUACAUAUAAUAAUAUAAAUAACCUAACACCAGUGCUAAGACUCGGAAACUCUUCACAUAUAAAGCAAAUAAGAUAUUACACAGAUAAGAUGACGACCAUCGAAGAAAUAGAAGAGAAAGCUCAAAGAGAAAAUGAUGAAAUUAAGAAGGAAAUUUUAAGUGGACACUCUUUAGUGCAGAAGUUUUACGACAAUGCUGUUAUUUUCGUCACUGGUGGGUCGGGAUUUGUUGGUAAACACAUGAUCGAGAAAAUCUUAAGAUCAUCUAAUAUAAAAAAAAUCUAUAUUUUGCUCCGAGUUAAGAAGGGAAGGUCUGUUCAAGACAGGCUUAAAAUUGUUCUGGGUGACUUGGUUUUCGAAGAACUUCUUAAAGAACAACCGAAUUUUGGUGAUAAACUUCAAGCUAUAGAAGGUGACUGCUAUGAAGACAACCUUGGUAUUGAUGAAAAUAAUUGGGCGAAGCUCUCCGAUGAGGUCAACGUAAUAUUCCACUCGGCAGCCACGACGAAUUUUCGGGAGAACAUGAAAUCGGCGACUUUCAUCAACAUCAAAGGGACUCGAGAAAUUCUGAGACUAGCCCAAGCUUGCAAACAUUUAAAAUCGAUAGUCCACAUAUCUACAGCUUACAGUCACGCCACAAGGAGUCGUAUAAAAGGAGACGUAAGAGAAUAUUUCUACAAGAGUCCGAUUCCUCCUGCAACAAUGAUAGAACUUGCUAAUAACUUGGACGAAGAAAAACUCAAUGCUAUGAUGAAGCCAUUUCUGGAUGAAUGGCCAAAUUCUUAUACAUUUACGAAAGCAAUCGGUGAAGAACUAGUAAGAGUCAUGGGGGAAGAUUUACCUAUAUGCAUCGUUCGACCGGGUAUUGUGAUAUCUGCGUACAGAGAACCAAUACUCGGAUGGCUGGACGAUAAAAAUGUAUAUGGACCAAGCGGGAUAAUUCUUGGACUUUCGCUAGGCGUUAUGCAUACUAUUUUUGCUGAUGAUAAUAUUAAAAUCGACUUUGUGCCUGUGGACAUCGUUAGCAAUAUCAUAAUAACCGCAGCGGCGGAGACACAAGACAGACACAUAAAAGGGGAGCGCGAGUCAAUUAUUUAUACAGUCAGUGGAAUAAGAAAUCCAAUGACUUGGAAGGAAAUAGGUGAUGUUUUGCGAAUUAAAACAAGGACUAUAGUACCAUCGAAAACAAUAUGGUACUGCAACGCCAUAGUGACUCCACACAAGCUCUUGUAUUUGAUACUAACGGUGCUCUUUCAUUACAUUCCUGCGAUUAUCAUCGACGGAUGUUGUAUGUUGGUUGGAAAAAAAGCAAGAUUCCUUACCUUAUACAGAUCGGUACACAAGCUCUCGUCAAUCUUCUCGUACUUCACAAAGAACGAAUGGAAAUUCGAGGAUGCGAACACACUGCGUCUCCACAAGGGCUUGUCGAAAACAGACAAAAUAAUUUACAACUGUGACAUGUCUUCCGUUGAUAUGAUUGAAGCCGGGUUCAUUUGGUCAUACGGAAUUAUAAAAUACUUAAUAAAAGAUGACGGUAAAAACAGAGAGUACGCUUUAAAGAAACAAAAGAUUCUGAAGAUAUUACACUAUAUUAUACUACCACUGUACUUAUAUGCGCUUUACAAAUUAACUUCCGGCUUAAUUUUAUAUAUAUAUUUCGCUAUCGGUAUGAUUUGUAAAUAUUUGUAUUCAUAUUUUUAAUCUUAACAUUUUUCCCUCGUACAAAUUAACUAACGAUAUUAGCGUAAAUUAUUUGACGUCUCUCUGUCACAAAUAAACAACUUUGACGUUUAAUUGGCAUGGCAUUACGUAAUGUCAAUUCAACGUUCUUGUUAUUGAAUAUUUGAUAAAA